GAUCAACACAAGCAGAGAAUAAAUCUGUAAAGAAAAGAAAAGGAAAAAAAAAAACUAGCCGCACCGAUCGAAGAAUCAGAUCACCUGCUACGGCUAUGCCUCACAGAUCGAUCCAGUGACACCGCCGUUGUCGUUUCGUUGAUUCGCUUUGUGCUGACACGAGGGCCUCACAGAUGGAUCCGUCCCCUGCGGCGCCGGCCAAGUCGCGCCUGAAGCGUCUGUUCGAGCGGCAGGUGCUGCGGGUCUCGCCGGCGGUGCGGCUCCCGUCGGCCCCCGGCGGUGGGGAGAAGGAUGAGUUGUCGGAGCCCAGCUCGGUGUGCCUGGACGGCAUGGUGCGGAGCUUCUUGGAGGACGGCGGCGGCGGCGAGCGGGGCGCGGCCGCGCGGUGCUGCAACUGCUUCCACGCCGGCGACACUUCCGACGACGAAGACGGCCCCUCUGCGGCGGAGGCCGCGGCCACCGACAUCGCAGAGACCAUCAAGGGCCUCGUCCACUGCGCCAGCCUCCGGGAGCGCAAUCUCCUCGCCGACGUCUCCACCCUCGUCGAGCGCCACCGCGCGGCAGGCGCGCGCAAGCGCGACCUCCUCCGCCUCCUGGCCGAGUCCCUCCGCGCUGCGGGCCACGACGCCGCAGUCUGCCUGUCCCGCUGGGAGAAAUCCUCCUCCCACCCUGCCGGGGAGCACUCGUACAUGGACGUCCUCCUCCCCGCCGCCUCCGAGCGCGGGGAGCCCGAGCGCGUUCUCGUGGACGUCGACUUCCGGUCCGCGUUCGAGGUUGCGCGGCCCACCAAGGCGUACCGCGCCGUGCUGCAGCGGCUGCCGUCGGUAUUCGUCGGGAAAGAGGACCGCCUGCGCCUCCUCGUGGCCGCCGCCGCCGACGCGGCGCGCGCCAGCCUCAAGAAGCGCGGCCUCCACCUCCCGCCCUGGCGCAAGCCCGAGUAUAUGCGCGCCAAGUGGCUCUCCCCCUACGAUCGCGAGCUUCCCCCUCCGCCUGAGGCUUCCACCGGUGAGCUCGCCGGCGAUGGCGAGGGAGGUGGGUCCACUGCUUAACUGAGGGCGUUUCUGCAGUUUCUUUUUCCCUUUUAUUCUUCGGGAAUUUGCAGUGCGGUCCUUCUGCACUCUACAGGGACUGGACGCAAAUGUUCUGCUUUAUUUUUUCCCUCUUUUAUUCUUUAUAUUUUCCUUUUUACCCUUUUCACGGGUUUUCAUUUUCCCUGCGGAGUAGUAGUAACUAGUGCUGGUAAGUAUGGAGGAGGAGAGAGGAGACAAAAUAAAAUGUAGUGUUAGUUCGAAGAGAUAAAAGAAAACGAGUUCUGGACCGAAACCCAUCUGAUUCUUUUGUUUUCAUCGUUGUUCCAAGCAGCGAAACCUUUUUGUUUUGAAACCAUGAGCAAGCAGCGAAACCUGACAAUGGAGAAUCGACCGUAUAGGCAGUUUUUGUUGCUUUCUUACAUGUUUUCGGUAAUUUCACUCCCAAUUGCGCAGAGCAUGCCGGGAACUGCAUUGACAACGCUCUCCGACUCCUGGAUUUGGACUCCCAGUUGCGAGUGAUAUUUUCCUGCUUCUAGCGCUGAUGCAGUCUCAGUGGCGAUUGCUGAUGCAGAGAUGCCUUGGAUCAUCCAACUCUCUCUUCCUCUUCCUCAACUCUUUCUUCUCCCUCUUUCUUUUCUUCCUCCUCCUCUUAUCUAUGAAAAAAAAAUGGCAGGUGGUUGAGGAGAGGAGUACUUCCAUUAGUUGCGAAGCAACAGGGCUAUUAUGAUGGCUUUAUCUCAAAGGUAUAAGUCUGAUUUACACCUUUCAACUUUCACAAAAGUUUUAUUUUCAGCUUUAAACUACAAAAUCAUACAUCUUAUAACAUCCGAGUGACUAAACCGAAGAAAAUACCCUCCAGCCUCUAAACCACCCUGAUUUUAGUGCACAUCAGCAUGAUGUGACAAUGUUUUUCUGAUGUGGCGGAUGCGUAAAAAAAGUCAGGAAAAUAAAAAAAAGUCAAAAAAUAGAAAAAACAUAUUUUUUAUAAAAAAUGAAAAAUAGAAAAAGAUAAAAAAAUUAGAAGAAAAAAUAUUCAUUUUUGUCUUUCAACCAUAAAAAAAAGUCUAACUGUCAAGCGACUAAAUUUAGCUAUUGUUACCAUUAAUAUUAAAGUUCAACAGGGUUAGAGAUAGUGGUUUUCAUGGAUACAGGUUUAGAGAGUUUGUUAGAAGGCAAGUUGGGAGGUUAUUAGAAGGGAGUAGUCUGGUAUCUAUAGAAAUCCUUCAAUCUCUAACCUUCUGAUCUUAAAACCCUGACAUUAACUAAAUUUAGCCGCUUAACAAUUAGACUUUUGUGACAGUUGAAAACUCAAAAAUAUUUUUUUUCUAUUUUCUAUUUUUUCUAUUUUUCUUAACCUUCUAGUUUUUUCCUAAAUUUUUCUGAUUUUUCUAUUUUUAUUUUUUUAAAUCUGUUUUUUUCUUCUAUUUUUCUUGAACUGUUUUCAUUUUUUCUGACUGAUCUACUCCGUAAGCAAAAACACUGCCACGUUGACAUACUAAAAUCGGAAUGGUUUGGAUGCCGGAGUAUUUUAUCUAAUUUCAUCACUUGGGUUGUACUAUGUCUAGUUUAGUAGUUUAGGAUUAAAAAUUGGAUUUAUACGAAUCGAACUUAUCCUUGUCUCAAAACACAAGUCGGUAAACUAUUUGAAUUCUGUGUUCAAUGAACAUUUACUAUGGAUCUGCUGACGUACUGCCGAAUUGAACCAUCGAAGUUAGCUUGUGGAGCUUGCUAUGUUCUAGGAAAAAAAAUUCGGAGUUGUUUAAGCG